AUGUCUGACAUAUUUAUGGUUUCCAGUAAUCAAGACCUUGUGGAGAAAUUCUCUUGUGAAGGAAGAGCUGCAGGUUUCUACGCAGAUAUUCCUUCUGGUUGUCAGAUGUACCACAACUGCGACGAGGCGGGUCGCGUGUUCACGCACACGUGCCCGGAGCGCACGCUGUUCCAGCAGCGCACCAUGGUGUGCGACCACUGGUACAUGGUGGAGUGCAGCGGGGCGUCCCCGCCCCCUGCUGCGCCGCCCAGACCCCGGCCGUCCGCGCGCCGCUCGCCCCCGCUGCAGGUGCAGGCGGCGCCCGCGGGCGGGGCGGACCCGGCGCGCAAGCGCCACAGCCAGCGCGUCGUCGCCACAUUCCCUUAUCAACGAGGUAACGAAUCAACGAACCAAAAUAGCAAUGUGAGAAGCUCUAAUUCUCAAGAUCGGUUGAAGAGUUUUAAGAUAAGUUCAAAUUCUCAAGAGAAACUGGAGAGUUUUAAGAUCAGCUCAAGUCCUCAAGAGAAACUGGAGAGUUUUAAGAUCAGCUCAAGUCCUCAAGAGAAACUGGAGAGUUUUAAGAUAAGCUCAAGUCCACAAGAAAAGCUGGAGAGCUUCAAGAUCAGCUCCUUACCCAGCACUACCCCACGCAGCUUCGAUCCAGUUACUCCCAGUACUAUCGUCUCCUCCCCACCGCACGUUGCAUUUUCAAGCACGCCGCCCAACGUCUUUUCGAGUACUCCGCGCACCGUCAUCGCAAGCUCACCGCGCCCCUUCGUGUCCAGUGCAGCCAGAAUAGAGCGAGUGGAACGACCUAUAGGCACGUUCGUGCCUAUCAUUCCGUUCCACAACGUCGAGCAAAAUCGAGAACGAGAAUUUCGCAACCUCAAUCGACCUGUCCCAACAGUCGGACGCGCCAAGAUCGAACGCGUUUUCAAAGAAUCUGUUUUGAGCUCUCCAGGCGCCGCUGUCAUAUCGCAGGUGCAAUACAUUUCUCCUUUCCGAGAACCCAAGGCAGAAUUCCAAUUCCCUUCUACGACUCCUCGAACAACAUCUCAAGCGACGCCUUCUUUCAUUGAAAACAAGUACAACAACAACCCUUACUUCGAAUCGUACUUCCGGACGUCAUACGCUUUUGAAUCGACCACGACGAGCAAGCCUGUUCAAACCACAACCACACGGAGCUACGUUCGACAAGAAGAGGAGGAUAUUUCAGAAAACAAGGUGGAGCUUGUGAUUCCCGACCCGAGGAAGAUGUUUUACAUUCCGGAAUCCAAUUACGACCCGGGUGAAUCGGCCAAAGAGGGCGGCACUGUCCUCGUCAUCGAGCUGCCCGGGAAGAACUCCAUGAAGUUCCAGAGGGUGGGGGUGACGGAGGCCCGUAACCACGACUGCCCGCAGUGCCAUCCGUCGUUUCUGCUGCCCGGUUUAUGCCGGCCCUGUGUGCUCAUCAGAUGACGUGAAGAAUUUAAUCCUGUAAUUGUAGGAAGUGCUCCGGCAUUUAUAAUGUCCUUUCCAUAAACUGAGGUAGACAUCACUUUAAAAGUUUAUUUAUGUAGAUAUAAAGCAAAUUGACAUAGAUCAUUUUCAGCAACACAAAAAUAAUUAGAAAAAGUAAUAUUGUACAGUGGGAUUUAAAUACAAAUAUUAAUGGUUUAUAAGGAAAGAAAAACAUAUAAAUAUGUAAAUAUAAUCACAAUAGAGAAAAGUAAGGCAUUAUAAAUACAUCAAUAAGGGUAGUUAAAAAAGGCACAUCAUGAGUUUGUGCAGCUGGAUCCUAAUAAAAAAAAUCAACAGAUGAAGCAGAGGUGAAAGGUAGAUUCUAAAGAUAAAUUGGCUGCUGGAAGCCGUUGCAUUCUAGGUAGAGUUGCC